AUGAAGUUCUUAUCGGCCGCCACUCUGCUCGCCGCUACUCCUCUUCUCUGCUCUGCCGCUUCGUUACCGAGCCUAUUCGAUCCCUCCCAGGCUUUACUUGGAGGAAACACUGCUGACGCGGUGCCAGUCGAGGGAGACAACCCGCUGGUCUACUGCAACGACCCAUCCAACUACCUCCUCUCGAUUGAUCAUGUCGAUCUAGUGCCUAACCCCCCGUUGCCUGGCCAGAAAUUGACGAUCACCGCCAAGGGUACAUUUGGAGAGAAAAUUGUCAAGGGCGCUUACGUGAACUUGGAGGUCAAAUAUGGCUUCAUUACCUUGAUCAAACAGACUGCCGAUCUCUGUGACCAGCUUGCAAAUGUGGAUAUGAAGUGUCCUCUGGAGAAGGGCGAGAUGGUUUUGACUAAGGAGGUUGACUUGCCGAAGCAAAUUCCUCCAGGUAAAUACUCCGUCCUGGCCGAUGUUUAUACCAAGGAUGACGAACAAGUCACCUGCCUACGGGGCAACAAUAUCGAGUUCAAUGUGCCAAAGUUCUAG